AACAAGUAUCUAAAGAGUGAUUUGAAGGACCUAUUCAUAAACUCUGCUGUUCAGAUUGAUGUAUCUGGAAACUGCAAAGCUGUUGUGAUCCAUGUCCCAUAUAGACUAAGGAAAGCCUACCGGGAGAUACAUCUUAGGCUUGUCAGGGAGCUCGAGAAGAAGUUCAGUGGGAAGGAUGUUGUUGCAGUUGCCACACGAAGGAUCGUGCGACCUCCCAAGAAGGGUGCAGCUGUACAGAGGCCGCGUUCCCAUACACUUACAGCUGUGCACGAGGCUAUUCUUGAGGAUCUGGUGUACCCGCUGAGAUUGUUGGGAAGCGCAUCAGAUACAGACUUGAUGGGUCAAAAAUAAUGAAGGUUCUAUUGGAUCCGAAGUUCAGGAAUGACACAGAAUACAAGUUAGAAACUUACUCUGGUGUCUACAGGAAGCUCUCCGGAAAAGAUGUAGUCUUUGAGUAUCCCAACACCGAUGCGUAAUUGCCAUUUCACUUUUUUGAAUAUUUCUGUUUGAUACACAUCUUUAAUUUAAGAAUGUCUGCUUUCAUUGCCUAGGCUCUCUGAAAUUUUGACUAU